AUGCUGGGUUGUAAAAUUUUGGUGAGCGAAGGCGACGCUGAGGGAUGGGAGGUGUUAAGAAGUGGGACGUAUUGGAAUAAUCUGACUUUGCGUUUGGGACGGUUCAAACGUGUGGGGUGCGUAAGGAAUUUUGUUGAAUUCAUUCGAAAGCCAUGCAGUUGGUGUUUUGGCGUGUGUGGGCUUUCCCACUCUGUGACGCAGCUACUGCUGCAGCACAGAGGCAAGCCUCCCUGGCCCAACCUGGGCAGCCUUGUCUCCUUCUGGGCAGCCCCAGAAACAGGGGAUGUCACUGCACAAGUUGAUUUCAAGUCCUGUUCUUGCCUGUUUGGGCAGCCCUAG